CCGAGGCGAGGAAGCCUGCCACUGAUCACUCGCCGGCGGCGGCGGCGGGGGCCAUGGACUGCUGCCUGCGCGUGUACGCGCUGGCCAUCGCCAACGCGGUGUCCGUCGGCGGCACGGGCCUGCUCGUCUACCAGCUGGUCAGGCUGUCGCGGGGGCCGGGCGGCAAGGGCGGCGUCGUCGCGCUCUCCUUCUUCCUCCUCUUCUGGGUCGCCAUCAACGCCGUCGUCUACACGGUCUUCUGCGCCACGCUCUUCCCGUGGUCCGCGCUGCGCCGCUGCCUCGCGCCGCUCCCCCGCGCCGUCGGGUGGGCGCUCUGCUUGCCGUGCCGCUGCGCGCGCGGGCUGCUACGGCGGAGCAGCCCGGCGGCGAACGCCUCCGGGUCCGGCGGUGCCGCUGCUGCCGCUCCGCCGCCGCGCAUGUACUUGCUCCCCCGCGAGCCGCCGGCGAGGCGCGGGGGGGCACGGGUGACGGCGGAGGACAUCCCGGCGUACGAGCAGCCGGCUGCGGCGCCGGCGGAGUGCUGCGCGGUGUGCCUCGGCGAGGUGGAGAAGGGGGAGAUGGUGAAGCGGCUGCCGGCGUGCCUGCACGUGUUCCACCAGCGGUGCAUCGACGCGUGGCUGCGCGGCCACUCCACCUGCCCCGUCUGCCGGUGCGACGCCUUCGCCGCGCCGCCAUUGUCGGCGCAAAUGGUGUGACGUCUUCGCCGUCAGACCUCUCCCUUUUUCUUUAUUAUAUACGUAGAAUAUAAUUAUUUUUUUCGUUACCGAUAGACUUUUCGUUUGUUGAUGCCUUUGGAAAA